AGCGCGUGCGCAGAAAUCCACCAGCUGACAGUCAUAAAACUCCACUGCCUUCAUAAUAUUAUAAAUUUAGAGUAUUUUCAUUGCUUAUCAAGGGGUGGAGUCUGAAGGAGGGUUGCGAUCAUGCCGAGAGUCUACGAUGACGAUGAUCCAUCAUUACGGAAACGGCUCCUCUUCCUGGGUGGACCUAACUACUACGAUUCACCAGAAGGAACAAAUCCCUGGGAGAAACUAUGGGGAAUAAACAAAUACGCCCUUAUGAGUGCAGCUUUUGCCACUAUCGGCGAUUGCUGCUUCAUAUCACAGGUCAAGAAUAUCUCGGAGACUCUGAAUGUCUUUGGUUUCUACGUAAUUCCUGCUGUUGGCGUCGCAAGUACCUUCGCAGCGGUAACCUACAUUGCGACGGAUUUUAGGGGGAAGGAUGACAAACUUAAUUAUGGUCUUGGAGUGGCGGCUUGCAUGCCAGUACUCCAUGCCUUCAAAAAGAAACAAGCCUUCACGAUUCCUGCGACGCUCUUCCUGCUGGCUGGAGCACUUCUGAAGAAAGAUUCCAAAGAGAACAACUGGAAUUGGUGGAAUCCAGUUACUCCAAGAUACGAUCAUUGGUACGACUACUCACUCGUGGGCACUAUCACAGAGUGGCCAAGGAGACCAUACUAAUCUACUCUGAUUCAUCCUUGGAGAUCAGUUAGAAUUGUUUCAUCGUAUAUCCAUGUAAAGUUUCUCUUGAUAAAAAUAAAAAUGUAGAAUAUGUAAUUAAAAAUUGGUCAUUGGUAUUUGGUUUUAUUCGGAAAUAUACAUCGAUUAUCCACGUCUUGAAA